AUCUGCCGUUUUCGUCGAAAUUAAGCUAUCAUACCACUUCACACGUCCCACACCAAACCACCUCUACACUCGUAAGAAUGGCCACUCCCAAGUCUGAUCCUAAAGCCAAGCGCGCCAGCACCUCCCACCGCAAGCCGAAGCGCAGCUGGAACGUGUACGUUAAUCGCUCCCUCAAAGCCAUUAACAAGCAGAUGAGCCUGAGCGGCCGCACCACGAAGAUCGUGAACUCGUUUGUGAACGACAUCUUCGAGCGCAUUGCGACGGAGGCCGCAACGUUGGUGCGGGUGAACAAGAAGCGCACCCUGGGAGCCCGUGAGCUGCAGACGGCCGUCCGUCUGGUGCUCCCCGCGGAGCUCGCCAAGCACGCCAUGGCGGAGGGCACAAAGGCCGUCUCCAACGCAGCUCAUUGAGAGAUCACGGAAAGGUCGAAAUGAUAAUCUAAAAAAUCAGAAAAAGCCUAGUGUUUUGAGGAGGAGAGCGGAAAUCCUGACCGGGUGAGCCCCUUACGAUUUGGAUAUGGACGGUGUGCACCGCCUUCUCCACCUCUCACACGUUGCUUUUGACAUAGAAUUCUUCUUUUAUUGUUUUUAAAUUAAUUUUUAUGCAUUGACUUCAGACAAAUGAUACGGAAAAGACUGAUAAUUUUUUUGUCCAAA